AUGUCUUCGAAUGUGUCCCGGUCUGCCCUCUUGUCACUCCCGCCAGAACUACGCAAUCAAAUCUACGACCUCGUCGCUAGCGACACUGAGCAAAUCACAAUUCGCAAUGGAACCGUUCUCCCACAUUGCUUCAGUCAAGUCUGCCGGCAGAUCAGGAACGAAUUCGGUCCUCUUUUCAAGGCGAUGACCAAGCAGAGCCCACCAUAUCUCUCGCCUGCAACGAUCAGAAUCCAGCUGGAGAACUUCGACUUCAACCAGACGGUCCAAGCCAUAGAUCGAUGUCGGCACGAUUCGAAUACUCGAUUUGAAGUCGAGAUAUGGGUGACGAAGCAACUCCAUCGAUCAGAUUGGGAGAAGAUGUGGUCUUGGGUUUCCUUUUGCGAUGAACUGGCGUACCGGAAAGACGCAUAUGAUGAAAAUAUCUUGGCGACUUAUGAAAUCGGCCAGAAGUUUGGAUCAUGCAACGUCUAUGCGGCCUGCCAUGAGAUGUAUAUCGAAGUCGUCCCGUACAUCUUGAAUGGGAAUGCUCGAGGAGGGUGCACGUCGGCUGGGUACGAGCAGAUCGAGAAGAUGAGGUUGGCGCUGAGCACUGCCAUUGGGAAUUGA